UUGUUGCAAACAGUUGGAUUGGAUGCAUCGGAUAUAUUCAGUGGUUGCGUAAUAAAAAAGUUCAUUUCGUUUUAACUGACGACCUGUUUCAGUGCUUGUUCCGUACAAUACCUCCCCGUGGCCGCACCUAAGCAAGUAGACUGACCGCAAAUAUGUGCAACGAUUCAUAUUGGAGUGCGUCGGUUCGUUACGAUCAGUUCGCAGUGGACAGUUAUAAGUACCUAUCUUAUCACUUGGAUCAAUUAAGAACCGAAUACAGAUGCCCACAGCAGUUUUUUGAACAUGUUGCUGCCGUUACCCGUAACAAUAAAGAUCCGCUGAUAUUCAUCUACAUCACAAUAUUCGCAGUCGGUUGGACUGUGUUGCGUAGCGCAUUUAGUGGUUAUCUGGUAAAACCUAUUGCCGAAAAGUGUAAACUGCCGCUAUCGGAAAAAGAAAAACUUCCCGAAUCGGCAUGGAAAUUCUGCUUCUACUUUGCUUCAUGGCUUCUAGCGGCAUACAUUUUGAUUGUGAAAGAGAGAGGAGAAUCUUUGCUACGUCCAGAAUCGGUGUGGAGUGACUGGCAGUUCACCGCCGCACUUCCGAUCGAAUACCACGUGCUGUACGUGGUUCAGUUAAGUUUUUACCUACAUUCAAUUUACGCAACGGUUGUGACAGAUUGUUGGCGUAAAGAUUCAAUUGUCCAGUUACUCCAUCAUUUGAUAACAAUGGCUCUGAUAUUCUUCGGUUUUUCAAUUCGUGGACACAAAGCAGGAACAGUUGUUUUAUUCUUGCACGAUAUUUGCGAUGUGUUGCUUGAAGGCACCAAGACGGCGCACUACUUUAGAAUGCAAGGAGAGAGAAAGUAUCGGAUUUUUGAACUGAUUGCCAAUGUUGGCUUUCUGUUGUUUGCAUUCGUCUGGUUCUGUUCUCGACUAUACGCUUUUCCGUUGCGAAUGAUCUGGUAUUGUUUGUCCGAACGGAAUAUGCAAGUACCGCUUUUGUGUAUGCUUGUAAUCAUGCUCGAUUUGUUGUUGGCGAUGAACUUAUAUUGGUUUACAUUCAUUUUGAAGCUUUUGUGGAAAGUAGCAACAGGAAAUGACGAAUUGAAAGAUGUACGAGAAUACGAAGAGAAGACUGAGGACGACAAGUCAAGCAAUUCGAGUACAACAAUAAAAAGCCACCAAAUCGAAAAUAACCAAGUAGAAUCGAUAAAGGCGCGUCACAACAAUUUACGAAAGCGAAGUCAAAUAGGCAUUCGAUCCGAUUAAUAGUUAUUAGUUCAACGAGGGAAGAAAAGUUGGAAAGUGCAUGUCGAUGGUGUUGUCGAGGCCAGAGCGUAGCUAGGGCCACAAGUCACACUUGAAAAUGAAAUUUCCAACUUUUUCACGAGGAAAACGGAACGUUUUUACAACAAACGGACUUCCGAUAUUUCAUAUGAGAGGAGAAAAUUACAAUUUAAAAAAAUGUGAAAAAAGGGUGAUAUUCUCCGCUCAAACUAGAUGGGAUCCAAACCACAUAAAAACCUAUUUGGCCCAAAAGCACAUACAAUUACCUUUUAAAUGAUACCACACACGACCA